UCCUUUACUCAAAUAUUCCUUCCACUUUCUCAAGCCAAGAAUCUCUUCUUCUCUUUGCUUACAUUCCCUCCUUCCGAUUCUUCUUCCUUCUUUUUAUCUUUCCCUCUAUAUCUGUCUCCCCUCUUUUAACAAUGCUUCUUUCUGUCUCUCUCUUUGCUUUCUCUCCCCCUCCAAUUCUUUCUCCUCUUGGUGUCGUUUUCAUCCAUAUAUUCCGGCGAUUGUUGAUAAAUAUAUUCCUUCACUUCCACCACCAUGGCUCCUCCUCCUCCUCCUCCUCCCUCAAAUGUCAACCAUCUUUCUCACCCUUGCAUCUACGGGGACUUUGCUUCUUCAUACACAGAGAGAAAAUCAAGGCUUAUGAAAUGGCUGGGAAAGCUUUUCAAGACCAGUUCAAGUAGUCGCCGAGGAGGAGGCAGUGGCGGCGGAAGCGGAACUGGUGGCUAUAACCCACAUUAUCUAGGGGAAGAAAACAUGGUUGUUCGUGCUCCAGCUAGAAUGCCGGAUGGUUGCCCUAGAGUAAGAAAGGAGCAAGAGGAAUUAGAUCAUGCAAUGGCACUUUCUUUGUCUGAAGGUUUGGGAAAACCAAGUGGUUACAAUGAAUGGUGGAUGGAUGAUAAUUAUGGUGGAGCUUUACCAAGGGCAGCCGAUGGUGGUAGGAUGAAUUCAUCAACAUAUCCUCGUUAUGGCACUAUGCAGUUUCAUCCUUCUGGGAAUAGAGUAUGUUCGGGCUGCCAUUAUGACAUCGGCUAUGGCAAUUAUUUGGGAUGCAUGGGAGUAUACUUUCAUCCUAAUUGCUUCCGUUGCCAUUCUUGUGGUAAUCCAAUCACCGAGCAUGAGUUUUCUUUGUCAGGGAGGGAUCCAUAUCACAAAACUUGCUUCAAAGAGUUGACACAUCCCAAAUGCGAAGUUUGUCUCGAAUUCAUUCCCACAAAUGAAAAUAAUUUAAUAGAGUAUAGGUGCCACCCUUUUUGGUCCCAAAAGUAUUGUCCAUCGCAUGAGCAUGAUCACACAGCUCGCUGCUGUAGCUGUGAACGUUUGGAGUCUUGGAACGUAAGAUACUAUUCCCUGGAAGAUGGACGGAGUUUAUGCUUAGAGUGCAUGGAAUCUGCAAUCAUGGACACUGGUGAUUGCCAGCCUCUUUACCAUGCCAUCAGAGACUAUUACGAAGGAUUGAACAUGAGAUUAGAUCAACAAAUUCCCAUGCUUCUUGUUGAAAGACAAACACUUAAUGAAGCGAUUGUUGGAGAGAAAAAUGGAUAUCAUCACAUGCCUGAGACAAGGGGUUUGUGUCUCUCUGAAGAGCAGACUGUCACCAGUAUACUAAAGAGACCGCGAAUCGGAGGCCGCCAACUUAUUGGACUGAGAACUCAACCUCAAAAGCUGACAAGGAAAUGUGAAGUUACUGCCAUUCUUGUUCUUUAUGGUCUUCCAAGACUACUAACUGGGGCAAUUCUCGCCCAUGAAUUAAUGCAUGGCUGGUUACGCCUCAAAGGUUAUCGAAAUUUAAAUCCCGAGGUAGAGGAAGGUAUCUGCCAGGUUCUAUCAUACAUGUGGCUUGAAUCUGAAGUAUUGCCAGGAUCAAGUAGCAACAGGGCAUCCUCAUCAGCAGCAGCUUCUUCGUCCUCUUCAUCCUCAAAGAAAGGAGGAAAGUCUAAUGUAGAAAACAAGCUUGGUGAGUUUUUCAUGCACCAAAUUGCCAAUGAUUCUUCGCCUGCCUAUGGGGGAGGGUUUAGAGCCGCCAAUGCAGCUGUCAAUAAAUAUGGUUUACGUCGUACCUUAGACCACAUACGCCUGACAGGGAAUUUCCCAUUGUAAAACUCUGAUUCUGUUACCCUCCUUCCCCCAUAAUUGUCCCUUGAUCAAGAAAAAGAAAAAGAAAGAAAAAGAUCAGUGCGUAUGUUACAAGUAUUCAGGUCAUGACAGAAGAUUGAAACAGCUUCUUCUCCCCAAAAUUUUCAUGGGGUCACCAUGACAAACACGCGGUUAAGAUGAUGUGUCAAGUUCAUAAUAACUAGUUUUAUUGUUUGUUUAAUAAGAGAAGUUCUUCUUUUGGUCCCUUA